UCUAAUAAUGUAUUUUCCUUGUCACAAACGCAGAUAUUAUUACGCAUGACCUUAGUUAAUUUGUUGUACCAGAUUAGGGUGGACUUUUAACAAAUGACAAUCGUUUAUGUAAGGGUAACAUACUGUUAAGGAGGAUAUUCGGCAAAAACACGAUGGAGCAACAAAAACAAGAAGAAGAGGAAGAACCAAUAAGCCCGGAACAGUUGGCAGAAUACCAGACGGCUUUCGACUACUGUGAUGUAAACAAAGAUGGCACAAUAUCUUUGAGUGAAUUGAAGACAGUCAUGCAGCAACAAGGAUUCAAUCCUACCGACGAGGAAAUGGAAAAGAUAAUUGCAAAUGUAGACGACAAUGGAAAUGGGAGUCUGGAAUUUCCUGAAUUUGUUAAGUUGAUGGAAACUAAACGUAAAACAUCAAAUGAAUUAGACGAACUUACCUGUGCUUUUAAAACGUUUGAUCGUGAUGGCAAUGGCUACCUUGAUCCUGCCGAAUUAAGUGUAGCCUUGCGAUGCCUCGGUGAACAAUUGUCGGAAGAAGAAGUUAAGGAAUUAAUUAAAGCAGCAGACCAAGAUGGAGACGGUCUCAUAGAUUUUAACGAGUUCAUCACUUUGAUGACAGGACAGGCGCCACCUCAACCACUAGAGCAGCAAAAUUCGACGCCAGCAACGACAACGACGACAGCAGCAAAUCUUACUGUUUGAAAUAGGACAACGUUCCAAUUGCCUACGGAUUGAUUAGCAUUUCUAUCCAAUAUUGGCGUGUCAUUACACUUUCAUUAUCGCCAUUAUAACGUUUUGAGUGAACGAUACAAAGCCAAUAAGAACACCAAAAGACUUGUCCAAGAAUGCUGUUCUUCUACACCUUGUGACACAACAAUGGAUUUACGUGUUAAAUUCUUAUGGAAAGCUGACGACAUAUUAAUUCAUAAAGGACGAAACGGGUCAUUUUCUGACCAUAAUAAGGAUCCCUGUCCUACUACACUGUGUUUUCCUCUAUAUACAGUAACAUCCCCUUAACUUCCGUUUAGAUAAAACUAUAGCACGAUUUUGCAAGAACACUUCUUUUGAUCAGGUUACUCAAUCGGUUUAGUAAUCUCAUAUGUUUCUCAUUAAAGUCCCGCAAUUGUUUUUUUCUUUUCUCCAGAAAUGAUGUCUCAAAGCGUUUCAAAUACUUAGUUACGUUUAUGGCAGUGUUAGGUUGAUCUUUAAACAAUAUGAUGUGUUCGUCUUUAAUACUAAAUGAUAGAAUCCUGAUUUAAAAACAUCAUACCGGUUUUCGAACUUGCCAAUGUAACUGCGAUGAGGCUAAGUGCUGCGAAGAAUUAAGAACACAUUGUUUAUUCGGCAAAUUAACAUGCUGCGGUAUCCAUUUAAUAGAUAUUGACUUUCCUAUAGAGGCGUAUGAAAGGCGCGUCACCAAUGCGUUAUAUUUAAUCUUUUUUUUACCAAGCUUAAUCAUUUGAAAAUAUUGGUCCAUAUUACACAUUGUGUGAAUAGUAUGCUUGUAUAGAGAAGGAACAUAAGAUUAAUUAAGAAAUCAGUUCAUCAAUAUCUUUCUCAAUGCUAUUUGUUUGUAAUCAAUUACUACUAAUGCACUGUUGAAAAUGAAUUGAAGACUACCAAUGGCGUUGUUUAUGAAGACAAAAUCAUCAUCUUACGUAUAUAUAUACACGGCAAAAACAAUGGUAAACACAAACCUCAGCCGAGUUAAAUUUAUCAUUUUUGUUUGAAAUGUAUUUAACGUUGUAUCAAUUCAUUAAUUGAAAUGUUGGUUAUUUAUUUGGAAUAUAGCUAGAAAAGAGGCCGCACAAAAUUUGAUUCAUUAGACGAUAACGUAUGGUAAGUUUCGCUCCCUAAGUCACAUGUAGAGUACAGAGUCUGGCCACCGUUGCAAAAUCGUCGCAUUUAAACUGACGGAUAAGGUGAGCGGGAAUGCUGUCCCAUUCAUCUGUCCACGCUUGGAUUCCAGCAUGCAAGUUAGACGACUGGGUUCAACGGUUCCUAUCGCGUCGCCAACAAAUAUCCCAAACGUGAUAUAUCGGUAAUAUGUUUUGUUGCGAAAAAAGUCCUGCUGACGCGGCUGGGAUGCACUGAAAUAUAGCGCCAGCGCCAUGACAUUUUAAAAAUAGGAGAAUAACUGGUCUCUGGAAUUGUCGCCUCAAUAACGUACCACAUUCACAUUUCCUGGCACUACAACAGACCUGGUACGUCUGCGUCCAUACAUACCACCCCAAAUCAUCGCACUACCGCCACCGAAACCGUUCAGUUCAUCGAUGAAGCAGUAAGCAACGUGUUCUUCCCGACGCUUCCAGUCUGUACGCUUCUAGUCGCCAUUUGACAAAAUUCAGAGUCUGGAUUAAUCCGUAAAAAUAGCAUUGCUCCAUUGGCGUAACACCCAGCGGCGGGUCCAACUAUAACGGUUGUUACGGUCACGUUUUGUCAUGAUGGACCCUGUGUAAUGGUGCCGCGCUUUGUACAUCGUGCUAAUUUCAAGGGGUUUCGGGACGUUUAGACAGAUACAGACCGACUAGGGCAUGUCCUCGUGGUUUCACUCGAAGGAACAAUUCAUAGCUGCAAUAGUCGUGUCCGGUGGUCUUCCUGAGUGGUCGUUUUACAGGGUAUGUUGCUUCGCAGACGGUCGGUCGUCCAACAAAUUUGGUCACGAUGGUUAGAUAAAAGUUUACUUUGUUUGCACCUCAACCAAACUGUAGUGCAAUUCUGAAUUUUUGACAGCCGUGGCAUAAUGAAAAUACUUAUUGGUGAUCAGAAUGAUUAUGUUGUCGUAUUGAGCCAUCAUUGUGAUUCGCGAGUUAUUUGCAAAAACGCACGAGGAGUUUUUUUAGCCAUUGUAGACGUUCACACUUAAAUUAUUUAAUCUAAUAGGGUGUCACUUUGAAGGUAAUACACUCCCAAAUCUUUAAACUACAAAACACCGUUUUAUUUUCUCUGAUUAAAGGAAAAUCUGCUUGAGACAGUAUUGACCCUUCUUUUGCUGAGUAUAUAUUCUGGAUGAAAACAUAGCAUCUAAAUACCAUUCACAUGUUUGUUUAAACUUAUCCUUUUUAUGUAUUUUAAAUAUUGUACAUAUUAUCCUGUUGUUGUACUGUUGUUUGCGUAUAUAAAGUCCAGAUUUCCCCAUGUUAAAUAAACACUGUUAUAUUAUGCAACAAUUCAACUUUGUGAAUAAAUAUAUAUGUAUACUAAGAUAGAGGUGAACGUAAGCAACGAAA